UGAUGGUCUAGUGCAAGACACGAAAUUGCUUCUGCUUCUAUAUUCUCUCUGCUGGCUGCUUUGCAGGUCUUAUUCACUAGCUUUCCAACGGAAGAAAGUGAGUUGAUUCCUGGGGUCGAGUCAUUUUUCCAAGAAGCUAAUUCCAUGAUGCUCAAAGAUCUAAUGGAAGAAAAGCAGUUAAAUUUGAAUCAGCCACUUUUAUCAGUGAGGAGGUUCUCAUCAACAUUGGCCUCUGAAACAGACCACAAAAGCAAAAGUCAGAACUCAUUAGCCAGACUUCCACUUCCUCCUGCUUACAAAUCAGAGUUAAAUUCAGUUCCAGAGAGGAAUGCUGGAAAUGUUCCUUUUGUAUGGGAGAAGGCACCAGGAAGACCAAAAGAUGAAAGCAAAUUACAGACACAAGAUUUUGAGAAGCCUCCCUUCACUUCAAACUUUCCACCUGGGAGGGUAUCAAAAACUAAGCAACAAUCACUUGCUGAGAUGAGAACUGGAAGCACACUUUCCAACUCUCAAAGUGUUGCAUCCUUGGACAAAAAAGCAACAAAACAUUCAAAAGGGGAAACUAGGGAGAAGGAAAGUUCUGGGUCAGAUGAUGGAGAUGAGGCCUAUGAAGAUGCUCGUGACUCACUUUCUAGGACUGAAUCAUUCUUCAUGAGCUGUAGUGUGAGUGGCUUGAGUGGAUGGGAUGAACAAGAGGUCCAACCAUUUGGAAGUUUCUCAAGUGAUCACCAGCAAGGUCGCAAUUUCAUGAUUGAUAGGUUCUUGCUUGCAGCAAAGGCAAUGACAUCAGAAACUCCUCAAUAUGCUUCCAAGAAAGCACAUAUUGGACAAGAACAACAAAAGCAGAAAAAGAAAGAAGUGAAUACAGAAAGUCCAUGUCCCAUUAACCAGCAUAGGCCAAAAGCUUUGCCACAUUACACUCAAGAUAUUGAUGGGGAAGAAAGUGAUGAUUGCAGUGAAUAUGAAAACUACACAACUACAACUUGUGGCCUAUUUCCUCGGUUCUGCCUUUUGAAUCCAAUGCCUGGAUUAAGAAUGGUGGAUAGGGUUCCAAGAAAUGCAGCUCAUGGAAUGCAAGCUAAAUCAGCUGCUUCUCACAUUGGAUCUUCAAAAGAGCAAGGUAGAACUCCUUAUGGGAAAAAGUUAAGGGAUUCCCAGUCUGGAUUUACAGAAGAAAAAGAGAUUUUGGAUAUUCUUGUAAAAUCUAAGCAUGGCAUUGACCCAUAUCAAAGAGGUUGCACUCAACAUGAUUCAAGUUAUGAAAGCCAUGUACAUGAGAAAACUCUAUAUGUUGAUUCUGUACACAAGGUUAAGUCUCAAACCAAUAACAUAGGGGGUGAUUUUGAGACUUCAAUAAGAGAUAGUGGCAUUUAUAACAAUUCUUCAAUAGAUUCAAGUCCUAAAGUGAUUAAAUCUAAGAAGAUAAAUUCAGAAAGUCAAGUAUAUGGCAGGGACAAAAAUUCUGAUAUCCUAACUCAGAAUUCAGAACUUGAUUUGAAGAGACAACUAGCUGCCAAAUGGGUUGAUGAAGAAUGCACUUUGGCUAGCUCAAAGGUGAGAUAUAAUGGGAAGAAUGACUUAGAAAGCCAAUGUCUUACAAAGUUAGGCCAUCAAGAAAUAUCUGGUGCAAGCUGUUUUGGACUUCCUCUUGCCCUUCCUGCACUAAAAGCUCCAUCAGAGUCUUGGCUUAAGCGCACUUUACCUACCAUUUGCAAAAGAAACAUGACUUCACAGUCCAACCUUACUGCAAACACUAAAACUCCCAAGACAACACCAUUGCAUCCUAAGUGGGAAACAAAUUGUUAAAUCUUCUAAUGCAUAUCAUGGACAUCUGCAGCUCCCUGAGGAUCUACAAACACCUCCCAUUUCAGAAGCUUGAGCUUUAUGGAGAGAAGGGCCUUUGAUAAUUGACAUGUAUACAACAAUUUUGAUGUAAUUUUUGCAUCAGUAUUAUGUGUUUCUAUCCUUCUGCAUGGCUGGUUCCCUUGUGCUUCUAUAUGGCAGAGCUGUAUAUAACUGGCACUGUAAAUCACUAUUGCCUUUUGCAUCUUGUGAAUAUAAAUAUGUCGUUUCAAUAAAAAGUUGCAUCUGUAAUUUGCAUCAAUUUUUAAUGCAAU